AUGGUACAACAAGGAAAAAAGGGCAACGACCUUCCCAACGGCGGCACAAAGUACAGAGAACAAUCAGGAAACAUGACGUCGCAAAGAAAAGAUAUGGGAGACGCUCGAGGAAAUGGUAAUGGAAAGGUUGAUGGCAGGUCGCAAAAUGGUAACUCGAGCUUUUUCCGUACAGACACUGCGAUUUCGGGCAACCGAAACCAAGGAGAGCGUGUAUUACAAAGAUGGGUUCCUGACAAGCCCGCCGAUAAUGAUGGUGGCUUGGAAUCAGGUCGAGGAGGAAGAGUAGCUCCUUGGGACCAAUUCGCAGAGAAUGAGCGACGAUUUGGCUUGAAGACAGACUACGAUGAGAACAUCUACACAACCCAGAUCAACACAAGCCAUCCGCAAUAUUCGCAGCGAGUCGCCGAGGCAGAUCGAAAGGCUAGAGAAAUUGAACGCAGCACGGCAAUGAACUCUCAUGUUGCAGAAGAACGUAUUGCGGACCACACUGGACCAAAUGAGAAUGGACUUGAUGAAGAAGACAAAUACAGUGGCGUUCGCAGACAACAGGAUUUCCCACCCCUCACCGCAUCAAAGGGUGCAUAUCAACCACCUGGAAAGCGUGCUCCAGUUGACCGCGCACCCGCAGCUGCUCCCGUUGUUGCUCCCGUUGUUGCUCCCGUUGUUGCUCCCGUUGUUGCUCCCGUUGUUACUCCCGUUGUUGCUCCCGUUGCUGCGCCAGUUCCUGCCCCAGUCACUGCCCCAGUUGCUGCUCCGGCAGAUCGUACUCUUGUCGACUCAGCCAUCAUGUUUGCAGGAGCUAAGGCCGAUAAACCCGCCGAUAAACCCGCCGACAAGGCAAAACCAGCUACAGCCGCGAAGUCAACAAAGCCAGAGGUCGCAACUCCACCUGCUACCACUGAUUCAAGUACCACUCCCACUCCAGAGGUCAAAAAGACUGUGGCUCCUUCUGCAAGCCGCACAAUUCCUCCACCAGUCAAACAUCUGGGUGGGCCAAAUGCUACUGCAACUGUUGAGGCUGAUGUUUCCAAGGCUUUCAAGACCUUUGCUGCAACUCAAAGAAACAAUGUUUCACAAAUUCGCGCCAACAAGAUCAAGAAUGAUAAGCAAAUCAAAUUAAAUGACCUCAAGAGAUUUGCCAAUGAUUUCAAGUUGCAUACUCCAGUUCCAUCGGAUCUUGUCCCUAUCAUUGCUAAGGAUCCAGCAAAGCAAAAGGCGAUCCAAGAGAAAGCACAACGCAAUGCUGAAGAAGCAAAGCUCAAUCCUACUGACUCGGCAAAGCCAAUUACCCCAGGGGCAGACGGAGUUUCUGCACAACGUUCCGCUACUACAACCUCUACUCAUACUAUAUCGCCACCGCCCGUUACAUCUGGUCGCCAAAACGUUAAUCGUGGACCUUAUCCUCAAGGCACCCACAGUUUCACACAAAAUUCUCGCAGUGACAGACCUGUUCAAGCACAGCAGACCAUGCCCCGAAGUGGCACCGCCGGACACUUGGCCCAGCGAUUGAGAAAUAUCGAACAAAAUAGACCAGCUCAAGUUCCAUCCAAUGUCAUGCCAGCCCAUGAAGCCAGACUUCCUCCUACUGGUCCUUCGAACGCUGCCGAUUCAAAUUUCUCCCGUCGUUCGAGUGGCGUGGCGAGUGCGCAAGGUGGCCCAAGAUUGAAUGCUAGCGUCAGCGAAUUCCGGCCCAAUGCAUUCGCAAAAGACUUUAGUCCCGCUGGUCCAAGCAGUGGCUCAAGUCCUCGUUCAGCAGCCAAUGCUCCAGAGGCUUCAACAGCACCAGUCGCACGUUCCUUGAUUCGCCGUAAGCCAAUGGCUAAGAGCGCUCGUCCUUCACUCCAAGGCAAAUAUGAUGCAAUGGAGCUCAUCAAGACUCUUAAGCCAGGAGAGGGGAAGAAUUGGCUAGCCAAUGGUGGUUUGAAGCCAGCUUAUGACACUCAUUUGCUCUGGAAACUCACUGCUGGUGAUGCACCAACGGAGUCUUAUAUACAAGUCUUUGAAAAGGCACCAUUCCCUACUACUACACCCGUUGUAUCGGAGCCUCACCCACCACAAGCAGCUCCACAAGUACCACACCAACAUCAAUUGCCAUUCCAUCUUCAAUCUGGCGUUCACAACAUCAAUGCUAGACAAUCCCCGCGUCAACCACCUAUCAACAUGCAUGGAGCUCAGAUGGGUCAUCCUGCCCCAACAUUCAAUGCUGAUGAAUUGCGUAUGAUGCCAUCGCAUUCUGCACAAUCCUUUUCAUCACCAAGAAUGCAACAGCUUCCAAUGGCAGCCUUCCAUUCUCCCAUGGGGGGAAAUGCUCAAUUGGCUUACAACCCACAGAUGGUCUCUUACCCUGGUGCACCUCAAAUGCCACCAUUCAGAUCCCUUUCGCAAACUCAUCAAUUUAUGCCACAACAAGGUCAUAUGGGUCAACCAAUUAUGAUGGCUAACCCUGCAGGUGGAUUCAUUCCUCCACAAACAAUGGGACCUGGUCCACAAAUGAUGUAUCCACCCGCACAAGGUCAAUUCAUGCCACCAAAUAAUGGACAUCCUCCAGCCAUGCCAAAUGGCGGUUAUCCAAGUCCGGGCCGAGGUGCUCCAAUGAUGAUGAAUCAAGGUUCUCAACAAGGUCACCCACAACCUAUGUAUGGUAUGAGCCCAGUCCCUCAAUAUGGAACACCCGUUUUCCCGCAACCAAUCCCAAAUCAAAUGCCAAUGCGAGGUGGUGCUUAUGGAGCACCGAACCAAUACGCUACAAGCCCUCAGAAUAUUCAAGGCGGUCCAAGAAAUCAGUAUAACCCAGAUUUCAAUGGCAACAAACAAAAUUUCCGACACAACCAACACCCACAUGGCCCACCCAACAACCAAGUCCCUACCGGCCCUCAAGCUCAAACUAAUCCUGGGGCUGAUGAGAGUAAAUGA